GUUUCAUUCAGCCAGCGGUAAGUUAUUUAUACCCCCAACAUCUUGGGUGUUUUUCCAGAGCUGCCUGAUAGGGAUGCUGCCAUCGGACUCAUCUGGUGACUUACCGUAGGAAUAGAUCCACCCACAUCUCCGUUUAGUUAUAGCGGCAAAGGCGUAUAGAAGUAUGUUCGAAACAGGAGCUCUGCUGAUGAAGAAACUCAGAAAGAGAGAAUAAUGCCGGUGAAUUUCAGGACGCCCCCGGAGAACUGGACCUUAACAGCCUGACAUUUCGGCAUAUUCUGAAACUGCACAACUAUCACCUCAUGGGCAGGCUUUAAUGCGACGCCAGACCUGAGGGAAGCAGUCAGAACCCUGGUCUGGAUGAUGGACGACAUGCUGGAGCUUCGGACGGACGGAAACUCGCUGCUGAAGGCCGUGUGGCUCAGGCGCUUGCGUCUGACGCGGCUGCUGCUAGAGGGCGGGGCUUAUAUAAACGAGAGCAAUGAGCGAGGUGAGACGCCACUCAUGGUGGCCUGCAUGUCCCGUCACAGCGACCAGCAGAGCACCAGCAAGGCCAAACUGGUCAAGUACCUUCUGGAGAAUAAGGCUGACCCCAACAUCCAGGAUAAGGCAGGCCGGACGGCCCUCAUGCACGCCUGCAGCCAGAAGGCAGGCCACCAGGUGGCGUCCCUGCUACUGAGCAAUGGCGCAGACCCCAGCAUAGAGGACCGCGGUGGGGCCUCGGCGCUUGUUCAUGCCAUAAAUGCAGAUGACAAGGAAACCUUGAAACUCCUGCUGGAUGCUUGCAAAGCCAAAGGCAAGGAAGUGAUCAUCAUCACCACGGACAAGUCACCAUCGGGCACCAAAACUACCAAGCAGUACCUUAAUGUCCCCCCAUCCCCCGAGUUGGAGGACAGAUACUCCCCAGACGUGUGCACCUCCCCCUCCGAAAUCACCAUCCAAUCACCGCCGUCCCCCGAAGACGACAAACCACAGGAUGCAGUCCUCGGCUUCCAGGCCAAACGGGCAGCGGGUAGCGGAGGUGGAACCGUCACGCCUAGCAAGCUCCUCGCCGAGCCGGUGUCUCCCAUCAGGAAGCUGGUCAACACUAAACGCGCGCGACUACCACAGCUCAAACGGCUGCAGUCCGAACCGUGGGGCCUCAUCGCCCCCUCGGUCCUGGCUGCGGCCAAAGAGGACUGUAAAAGAGCCAAUUCUGAUGAGGAUGUCAUCGCUGGCCUUAAUGGCCUGGCACUAUCCAAAAGAGCAUCUCUAUCACGGCACAACAGCACUGAGAACAAAGAAGGUUCUAGAUCCUUCCCAUCCAUGGGCGAUCUAUCUUCCAAGGUUCUGCCCACACCUCGUAGGAUGUCUCACGAUAAGCCCCUCGCCCAGACCGGUGGCAUUCCUACAUGCAUGCCAGUGAGCCUGAGGGACACCAUGCAUUGGAAGAUUCUGGGAAGUGAGCUCUCUGACUCGGACUCACAGCUGUACUGUGACCCAGGUGUGCUGGACUCUCCCAGGGCAGCCUUGGAGCGGAGGAAGAAUAACAUGUCUCCGCGGGCCAUACUGAGCGGCUCGCGGGAAUCGCUUGACAGCAGCGCUGGCACGUCUCCCGCCACAGCCCGCCGCAGGGACCCAGGGCUGCUGGAACGGCGUGGAUCCGGCACCCUGCUCCUGGACCACAUCUCCCACACACGGCCCGGUUUCCUUCCACCCCUCAAUGUCAACCCCAACCCCCCAAUUCCCGACAUCGGAGCCUGCGGCAAGCCCUCUUCCCCUCUCACCGUGGGCAUCAGAUCCAUCAUACCAAUGGCACCCAACUCACCAAAGAGAGGCACAUCAAAACCCAAGAAAAAGCUGAUGAGGAGACACUCUAUGCAAGUGGAGCAGAUGAAGCAGCUGUCUGGUUUCGAAGAGCCAGCUAAGCAGUAGAGGCACCAGUGAUGCAACUCGUCACACUCACCGGGAGAGAGGAGGUGGCUGCCUUUGAGUCAGAGCCAAACUCUCUGGAACACCUUACGCCGUGUUCUGUUCUGAAUGUUGCAUCGUACUCAGAGCUGCAUCCUUGUGGAUGUUCAGUCUCACAGCUGCGAGCCUCAUUUCGCACACGGGAGCCUAACGAUGGCCUUGGCGGAAGGGAACAUUUGACAAUAGCAAACAGCCUGCAUUUCUGAGCAGUUUAGAAAAUAAACCAAAAGCCAGACACUGGAGGGGAGUGUGUAGUAUUCAUUGCCUUGUCACAUGCCACCUACAAAUUCAUGGUGUAAAAAGCUCUGUAUUUACAUACCCCUGCUGGCCUUCUGUGUCCUUCAAAAGUUCUCGGAGCUGAGAGGUGCGAGAACAUGAAUCUCAGCCAACAGCAUCAAACUUAAAAUGAGAGAGAAGCUUGUGAGGAAAAACCAAUGGAGAUGCUCUUCAAUGAGAAACCAGGAGCAGGGAAGACUUCAUCCUGCAGUUGGAGCCGGAGAGUGUCAGUCUCGCGUCGGUCACAUUAUUGCUACAUUUGGCACAGCGUUGUGUUUUUGUUAUUUUAAAAGCUGUUGUGUGAACCGGCAGUUACAUUACGGUGAUGCGGGUUUUCCAUUGUGAUUCGGUCAGGGGAUUCUUACAAUGUAAAAAGGAGGAAAAUUGCUAAGAAAAUGAUCACUGACAAUGAGCGGUUUCACAUUAGAGUCUCUCUAGCGAUAUGACAAUGCAGGGGUUAAUCGUCUGCAGCCUUUAGUGCUUUAUGGUGCCUUCCGGAUAAAGCAGUUGAGAAAAUCGGUAUAUCAAAGCAGGUUCCUGCUGUUCGUGUUUAUAUAAUAUAUUAUAUAUGCAAAUAACAGAAUGUUUGUCUUCGAUUACUUUGUUUUAAAGGCAUUGUGUGUUUUCUGUGA